AUGUUCUUCAACACCCUCCGCACCUCCGCACGAACUGGCCUGCGCGCCGCUGCACGCACUGCAGCUGUGCCUGCCACGAGGUCAAUUGCUUCGCUCGUCUCGCGGAGGCUUGCGCUGCCAGCAGGGCUGAGCAACACGACCGCGUCACGGGCUUUCUCGCAGACUGCCGUCUGGGCCAACUUUGGCGGCCACGACCGCCCACGCAACCCACCCAGCGACUCUAUCUUCAUCGGGAAUCUGCCCUGGAGCGCUACGAAGGAGGAGUUGGUCGAGUUGUUCUCUGAGUUCGGCACUGUUGCCAAUGUUCGCAUUCAAACACAUGGCGAUGGCAGGCCGAAGGGCUUUGCUCACCUUAACUUUCAGACGAAGGACUCGGCUAUCGCCACCGUAACCUCAGCGCACGAGGAGCCCAUUCACUUCGGCGGACGCGACCUCGUCAUCGACUACGCAAAACCCCUGGGCCCCGCUCAGUCUGAGAACACUCCCAAUAAUAGGUUGUACUUUGGCCGUUUCGCUGACGGUGAGGGUGCCCUUCGGGAACUGCUGAGCAAGUACAGAGACAGCCUCGUCAGCAUUUACUUCAUGAGGGAAGGGACCACCGGCGAGCAGCUGCACUCGGGCUUCAUCGAGUUCACCGACGUCGACGUCGCCACGGAUGUCUUGAACGAGUUUAACGGCACUGCUAUCCCUAACGGUGAUACCUUUUUCCUGUCGUACGCCCGCCCCAAGCGCGACCGCAAUACGACUGGUGGCGAGCGCCGCUACGGCUCGGGCAGCCAGCGAUUCCAGAAUAAUCGUGAUCGUGGUUCUAGGGAGUCGUACACUGCGAGGUCGUGGGAGCAACGAGGCGGCCAACAGGGAGGACAACGGGGAGGACAACGGGGAGGCCAAUGGGGUCGUGAUUCGAGAGAUUAUUAG